CAGCGCCCUGGAUGCCUUUCCAGUCCACUUCGCCUGUCGCGAGGGUGAUGUGCAGGCUUUAGCAGAGUUUGUGGCAAUGGGAAAAGACAAAAGCCACCUGUUAGUUGAAGACAAUCUCUACCAUUGGACACCAAUGCACUGGGCAAGCUUCUUUGGACAACUUCCGUCCCUGAUUGUGCUGCGCGAGGCCGGUGUUGCGGUGGACACCACCACUGCCAGGUUUCGGCAGACGGCGGCCCAUAUCGCAGCGUUUGCCGGCUCUGAUCACUGCCUCAAGUACCUGAUCCAUUUUGGCUGCAAUGUCAAUGCUCAGGACUACCUGGGCGAGACGCCGCUGCACAAAGUGGCGCGCACCGGGUCAGUGGCGUGCGUCCGCGCGCUGGCCGACGGCCACGCGCUGCCCUCUGUUCAUAACAACAGUGGUCAGACGCCAGCCGGCCUGGCUGCCGCCUGCGGCCACCCGGAGGUCACCCGCUGCCUGCUGCAGUAUGAACAGUUCGUCAGUCAGCAGAACGGUCUGGGCGCGCCGCCGCCGCCGCCGCCGACCGCCUCUUGGGGUCCGGGCUCGGCCGCCGGCGAGCACGGCCUGAACGGUGGCCGACUGCCAGCGCGCAGCACGGCCGCUACCGGCCACUGGUGCUACCAGCCGCCGCAGCGUCGCCCCACAGCGGCCGGGCCGACCGACAGCAGCGCAGGCUCCGCCGCACAGACCGGUCUCGGCCACCUGCAGAUGGACUGCGAUGCCACCGGCCGCCGACCCGACCCGGCCUGA